CGCAUGCCCGCUUCGGGAGAUCGACAUUCACGACGCAACCGUGCGUUAGUGUGAUGAUCGUCGAGGGCUUCUCGAUCCAUCCAAACGAUAGUCCUUUAUCCCUGCGGUCGCCUCUGGUUUACUAGCCUCGCAAAGCUGAAACAUCGUGUUAGCGAUGUCGAUGAGAUUCGGAUGUUGGCCUUUGCGACGGCGUAGAGUCAGCGAUGCAUAUUCCCCGCACGUUCGAUCGCCAUCGCCGUUAGCAUGCAUAAUGCGGGGUCAACGGUCCGAUGAUCAAAGGCAUAUAACCGGAUCCGCGAUUCCUCAGUGGUGUACAGCAGGGAGAACAUCUUAUAACCUUACAUCUCAUAGCUCAAUUCCCAAAGCUCUAAGCAUAUCUACAUACCCUCCGGAUCAAGCUUACAGCUGCAAUGGAUACAUAUGAUCUAAUCGUCGUCGGCUCCGGCUUCGCGGGCACCAUGACCACCCUCAACUUCCUCGAGUCAUGCAAGGCACUCAACAAAAAUGGCCGGGUAGCCCUCAUAGAAGUCGGCAAAUCCGACGAGCGCUGCGGCGCCUCGCGCUGGACAAUGGCAUACCUGCGUCUCGACAAGGACCUUGCCUUCGACGAGGACUGGAAGCACGAAAUGAAAGCCGUCUCCAAAGGGGAGGCUGACAUGGAGUACUGCGAGAAGCUAGGCGCCGAGGCGCAAAAGACGGCACUGUAUGUCCAGGAAAAAGGCGUCAAGUUCGUGCACCACGAUGAGGAGAAUGUGCUGCUGGAGUUUAAGACCGGGCAGCACUUUGUGUUUCCCGAGGGAGGCGGCAAGGCGAUUAUCGACUGCUUGAUGGGGCAUAUACAGAGCUACAAGCACUGCGACAUCCACUGGGAGACUGAAGGCCGGCACCUGCUGACCGACAAGCGCGGUGCAAUCCGUGGUCUACAGGUGCGAAAGAAAGACGGACUCCUGUACGAGCUCCACGCGCCAAAUGUAGUCCUCGCCUGCGGCGGCUUCGAAGGCAACCGCGAAAUGCUGGCCAAAUACAUCGGCCGACGGACGCACGAGCUCCCCCUCAUCGCGCCGGGCCUAAAGCACAACCGCGGCGCUGGGCUAAAUAUGGCGCUCGAAGUGGGCGCCGCGACUGCCGGCUCCUUCGACGGCAUGCACUGCGAGCUAGUCGACACGCGUGCCACGAAGCCCGACGCCGUCAUCUGGGGCCAUAACUACGGCAUCGUGGUGAAUGAGCACUGCCAGCGCUUCUACGAUGAAGGGAAGCGACAUCUCUUCGCCACGUUUGAAAUGAUUGCGCUGGAGCUGUGGCGCGAUCAGAACCAGAAAGGGUUCUUCAUCACCGACGACACGAUCAUGAAGCGGUUCCGCCCGGGGUGGGUCUACGAUACGACGGACCAGGAACCCGUGACGGCGGACACGAUCCACGAUCUUGCGGUCAAGCUGCAGAUCGAUCCGGAGGCGUUGGAGAAGACAAUCAGCGAGUUCAACGCGGCGUGUAAUGACCAGCAGUUUGACCUCAUGAAGUUGGAUGGAAAGAGUACAACGGGACUAAGCCCGAAUAAGACCAAUUGGGCAAAUCCAAUCGUGACACCGCCGUUCUACGGGUAUCCGGUUACUUCGCAUCUAACUUUUACUUAUGGUGGCGUGAAGACGAAUACGGACGCGCAGGUCUUGGGCACGAACGAUGUGCCAAUUCAAGGGCUUUGGGCUGCUGGAGAGCUGACGGGGCUUUUCUAUAAUGAAUAUCCUCCAGCUACUUCAGUGCUGAGAUCGUUGACCUUUGGGCGCCUCGCUGGAGCGAAAAUAGCUGAGCGGUUGGGGUCGAAGUCGCUGCUGCAGAGCGUUACCCAGACUGUGAGAUCUGCCUUGUGA